AUGGACAAUAUGUCUAUUACCAACACGCCGACAAGCAACGACGCCUGCCUGAGCAUCGUCCACAGCUUGAUGUGCCAUCGACAGGGCGGGGAGAGCGAGACCUUCGCCAAGCGCGCCAUCGAGAGCCUGGUCAAGAAGCUGAAGGAGAAGAAGGACGAGUUGGACUCGCUGAUCACGGCCAUCACCACCAACGGCGCCCACCCCAGCAAGUGCGUGACCAUCCAGAGGACGCUGGAUGGGAGGCUUCAGGUGGCCGGUCGCAAGGGGUUCCCCCACGUCAUCUACGCCCGGCUCUGGCGGUGGCCCGACCUGCACAAGAACGAGCUCAAGCACGUGAAAUACUGCCAGUACGCCUUCGACCUCAAGUGCGACAGCGUCUGCGUCAACCCGUACCAUUAUGAGCGGGUGGUAUCGCCCGGCAUCGAUCUAUCAGGGCUGACACUACAGAGUUCUGCUCCCUCCAGCAUGCUGGUGAAGGACGAGUACGUCCACGACUACGAGGGGCAGCCGUCGCUCAGCUCGGCCGAGGGUCACUCCGUGCAGACCAUCCAGCACCCGCCCAGCAACCGGCCAUCGACGGAGCCCUACAGCGCCCCGGGGGCCCUGCUGGCCCCCAGCGAGGCCAGCACCACCAGCACCACCAACUUCCCCAACAUUCCCGUGGCCUCCACAAAUAGCACCACGACCUGGACCGGCAGCCGGACGGCCGCUUACACGCCCACCAUCCCGCACCAUCAGAACGGCCACCUGCAGCACCACCCGCCCAUGCACCCCGGCCACUACUGGCCGGUUCACAACGAGCUCGCAUUCCAACCUCCCAUCUCCAAUCAUCCCGCUCCGGAGUACUGGUGUUCCAUCGCCUACUUCGAGAUGGACGUGCAGGUGGGGGAGACGUUCAAGGUCCCUUCCAGCUGCCCCAUCGUCACCGUGGACGGUUACGUCGAUCCCUCGGGGGGUGACCGCUUCUGCCUGGGCCAGCUGUCCAACGUGCACCGAACAGAGGCCAUCGAGAGAGCGAGGUUGCACAUAGGCAAGGGGGUGCAGCUGGAGUGCAAGGGGGAAGGCGACGUGUGGGUGCGGUGCCUGAGCGACCACGCCGUGUUCGUGCAGAGCUACUACCUGGACCGGGAGGCGGGGCGCGCCCCGGGCGACGCCGUGCACAAGAUCUACCCCAGCGCCUACAUCAAGGUGUUCGACCUGCGGCAGUGCCACCGCCAGAUGCAGCAACAAGCAGCCACCGCCCAGGCCGCCGCCGCCGCCCAGGCCGCCGCCGUGGCCGGCAACAUCCCCGGGCCGGGCUCCGUCGGGGGCAUCGCCCCCGCCAUCA